GAAACAUUAGCGGAUUCGCCUCGCGCUUGUAAUCGCUCGCGGGAGGAAUCUCCGCGGCUAACGUGUACGUACAGCAACGACUUGCAUCCAAAGUUCACUCGUUGACCUUGCGCCGAGAACGCGAUAACACUCGCGCUGCUCUCUCUCGCUCUUGCAGCUUCCGGCUUACGAUUCCGUCCGCUGAUUGCUCGAAUUUCAAGCAAUUUCAACGACCGAGAACCGUUCCGCAAAUCCGCGGCGUCGCUCUCUCGCUCGUUCGCUCGAAUUCAUCGUCGCCGCGAAUGACGAGUGUCGCCGUUGAUGCACGUUCGCGCGUGGUGCGCCGCUCGCGUUCCGAAUAAUUCGCACCCGGUGAAAGCAAGCGUCGAGCGCGUGGUUUAUUUUCUCAUUUAUUUUAUUUUCAAAUAAUUUCGCGCACUGCGAAAACUCAGCGAAUCGAUCCAAAUCUCGACGGGCGUGCGCGAUCUCUCGCAAGAGAGAGAGAGAGAGGGAGAGGAAACAUUCGCGCGCAAACAGCUGCUCUUGCCGCGCGCACUUUUGUUCGAAACGCUCCUGCGUCGUCAUUGGGUGGAAAAAAAAAGGGAAGGAAGGAAGGAAGGAAAGAAGAGUGGUACUGUUGUCUCCUCGUAACCCGUAGUGCAUAUCCAUUCGACUAAAAGGUGACAAGUGAACGUGGUGGACGCACUUUCGUUGCAAGGAGAGCGACCUCCCGAGAGAAUAAGGAAAACAUCUCGCACCUGUCCAUCAUACAGGUGAAGGAGAGGGAAGAGACCCAGUGAUCGGAUUGCAGCCGAGCUAGCUAUUGAGACAUCAAGUGUCAACUUUAAUCCAACAAACUCCGAGUUAUGACCGAUACUAAUGGGAUGAAUGACAACAAAAAGUCAGACGUUUCUUGGCAGAAAAUUUAUACUGACCAAAACGAACACCUGUAUAUUUACGGAUUCGAGAAGAGCACGCUAAGGACCAUUUUAAUAUACAUAUCGUAUAUAUUGUCUAUCGGAUGGGUCAGACUAUUGUUUCACUGGUAUCCACGACUAUAUUUGUACGCGACUCACCGUGAAUGUACUUUAAGCCGCGCGACGAAAAUACUCGCAAUAGAUGAUUAUCAAGGAAAGUACAAGUCAUACUUUGUACGAGACAUCCAGACAAUUUCUACUAAGGACAUCAGUACGAAAAAUUGGCUAGCUACUUUGGAUACCGUUGACCAAGAUCUCGUAGCGAAAAUCAGAAACAAAGCGUUGAAAAUCAAUUUAGAAAAUGGCUCGCGAUGCGAAAUUUACGAGUACAAGGCUUUUUGGUGCAAAAAGAGAUGUUACAUAUGGGACACCCCGAAAAACUCGUUCUCGAGACUCGUAGGAUAUGAGAAUGGUACAAUAUAUUCCGACUUUCAUGUUGAAAACGGUCAUGGCUUGUCUAAAGAAGAACAAUUACUUAGGCGUAUUGUAUAUGGAAGUAAUGAAAUCGUCGUACCACUUCAAAGUAUUGGCGUGCUAUUGCUGUUGGAGGUUUUGAAUCCAUUUUAUAUUUUUCAAGCGUUUACUUUAUCUGUAUGGUUCGCGGAAGGCUAUUACUACUACAACAUUGCAAUAGUUCUAAUGUCACUAUUUGGGAUAACGAGCACUAUAGUGCAAACGCGAAAGAACCAGCUGAAUUUACGUGGCACCGUUGCGUCGUCGGAUAAUGUACGCGUACUUCGGGACGAUGGUACUUUUGAGGAUAUUUCUAGCAAAGACUUAGUACCAGGCGACAUUAUCGAAUUACCGAAACAUCAAACGACCCUCGUGUGCGACGCGGUUUUAUUAACAGGGCAAUGCGUAUUAAAUGAAUCUAUGUUAACGGGCGAAUCUGUGCCAGUUACGAAAACAUCAUUACCGUCGCAUCAAGUAUUGUACGAUAUGAAAGAAUGCACGCAUUACACACUAUAUAGCGGCACAAAUAUAAUACAAACCAGGUGUCACGGAGACCAGCGUGUUCUCGCGAGAGUCAUCAGAACUGGUUUUCUGACUAAGAAAGGUGCUCUAAUCGCUGCUAUAUUAUAUCCACCUCCAGCAGACUUUAAAUUCGACCAAGAUUCAUACAAAUUUAUCGGUAUUUUAGCAUUCAUUGCAACUUGCGGUUUCAUAUAUACCAUAGUGAGCAAGGUUUCCAGAGGAAUCACAGCUGGCGAUAUAGCAAUAAAAGCGCUGGAUAUUAUUACGAUAGUUAUACCACCAGCGUUACCAGCCGCAAUGACUGUAGGGAAAUUAUACGCACAAGCGAGAUUGAAGCGCGCGCAAAUAUAUUGUAUUAAUAACAGGGUCAUUAAUGUUUCCGGCAGCAUAAAUUUCAUCUGUUUCGAUAAGACAGGUACAUUAACCGAAGAUGGAUUGGAUAUGUGGGGCAUUGUACCGUGUACAAACGGCAUCCUCGGCGAGCCCGAAACAGACGUACUCAAGCUCGAGAAUCAUCCUCUCUUCGAAGGGAUGUUAGUUUGCCACAGCUUAACGCUUAUCGACGAUAAGCUCUGCGGAGAUCCUUUGGACAUAAAGAUGUUUGAAAGUACUAAGUGGGUGUUAGAAGAGUCAGAUUGCGUGCACGUGGAUGAAAACGACGCUGUGACACCGAUGGUCGUAAAGCCAUUGGCGCGCACAAAGACAUCAGAGAUUGGUAUAAUACAGCAGUAUCAGUUUUCAAGUUCUCUACAACGAAUGUCUGUUAUCGUACGCGCAUUCGGAUCGGAUGAUUAUAGAUCUUACACAAAAGGCUCUCCCGAAAUGAUAAUUAGCCUGAGUAAGCCGGAAAGUGUACCAACGGAUAUCUUGCUUGCUUUAGAGCGAUAUACGACGCAGGGCUAUCGCGUGAUAGCAAUGGCUCGUCGAGCGACUAUCUCCGAAAGUAACGCAAAGAUAUCGAAAUUACCGCGAGAAGCGGUCGAGUGGAACUUGGAGUUUCUGGGAUUAGUGGUUCUGGAGAACCGAUUAAAGAAACCAACGACGCCGGUGAUCACAGAAUUAAGAGAAGCCAACAUGCGUGUUGUAAUGAUUACAGGAGACAAUAUUCAAACCGCGGUGAGCGUUGCAAGACAAUGCGGAAUACUUUCAAAGGGAGAGUGCGUUGUCAAUAUAACCAUGACCCCUGAGGAGAGAAAGGAAGAUCGUCCUGAGAUAUCUCUGGACAUUCAAGCUCCCCAGUCUACUAUACUGAGUUCGCAAAACGGAGCUUUUGUGACAGCCGAAGAUAUUGAACGUGGCAUAACUAAUUAUAAUUACAAAUUCGCCUUGACGGGCCACACGUGGCGAGCGCUGCGAAAAUAUUACCCCGAUCUUAUAGACCGUAUUUGUGUAAACAGCGCGAUAUUCGCUAGAAUGAGUAGCGAUGAGAAGCAACAAGUCAUCUUGGAGCUCAUGCGACUCGGUUAUUACGUAGCCAUGUGCGGCGACGGCGCUAACGAUUGUGGAGCAUUGAGGUCCGCGCACGUUGGAAUAUCGCUCUCCGAAGCGGAAUCCAGCGUGGCCAGUCCUUUCACCUCGGCGGUAUCGGACAUAACUUGCGUACCAAAGGUGAUACGAGAAGGACGCGCCGCCCUGAUCACGUCGUUCGGAAUUUUUAAAUUUAUGGUAGCGUAUUCUCUGACGGAAUUCCUGUCCGUCAUAACGCUGUAUUCCAUCGACUCGAACUUGACGGACUUGCAAUUUUUAUUCAUCGACAUUUGUUUAGUCGUUAACUUCGCCUUCUUCUUCGGCAAGACUCGCGCGUACAUGAAAACAUUGUCCAAGACUCCACCCAUGACGAGUUUGCUGAGCUUACCUCCGCUUUUGUCUCUGACGACGCAUAUGUUUGUGAUGACAAUUUUCCAAGCGAUAGCGUAUCACGUCGUUCGAAAGUUCUCGUGGUUCACGCCGUUCGUUCCCAUUAGUAACAUCGGAUACACGUGUUACGAGAACUAUUCGGUCUACUGUGUCUCCAUGUUUCAGUAUAUCACAUUGGCGAUUAUAUUUUCGCGCGGGAAACCAUACAGACGCGCUAUUUACACGAACCAUGCGUUUAUGUUCUCCAUAUUUUUGUUAACAAUCAUAUGUGCGUACAUCACGGUUUACCCGGCGAAUUGGGUGGUGCAUGCCUUGGAUUUAAUAUUACCACCCGUCUACGAUUGGAGGCUUAUUAUUCUAGCGCUCGCCCUGGUUAAUUUUUUUAUUUGUUUCUUCAUCGAGACUGUCGUCAUAGAACGCGUCGUUGAAAAUAUCCUGAGGAGAAAAUUCUAUAAACCAGGAAAAUCGAGGAAGUUAUACGUAAAGAUAGAACAUGAAGAGAAGGAAUGCGGGAAUUGGCCACCAUUCGGUCAACUACCGAUACUGUCUGUUAUACGAAAGGAGGAUAAUAUAAAAAGACCUGUUGACGUUUUGCGUAACGGAUACCGUUCCACAAACGCCUCGGGUGAUUGGACGAUUAAUGGUCUUAGCAACUCAUCUGAUCUAUCGAAGGAAAAGACUGAUGAAGGAACUGGCUUUGGGAAUCCCGGCUUCAUUAAAGACGAGAUAUAAUGACGAAAUAUAUAGAAAAUAUCAAAAAAAGAGAACGAAGAACAUUCUUUAUAUAAGAGAGAUAUAUCAGAGAGAGUUAUAUCAGAAAUUUGCUUGUUUUUUUUUUAGUGUGUAUGCUGUUGUUAUGUCUUAAAUAGUGCAGAGCAAUUUUAAGACGUUCCGUUACGUGAUAGGUGAGCAUUAACAAAGCGAAGUACAAUGCAAUUACUCGAGUAGGAGGCUACAGCGCGAUGAGGACUUAUCGUGGGUAACGCACAAGUAAAAUUUUGGAUGAAUGAAUACUUCAUGAGGUACUUCAUAUUUUACAUUAAAUUAUGUAAGAAGGAAGCAUGAAAAUGAAUAUUUAACAAAAUUUCAUAAAAUAUGCAAUUUUUCUAUGAUAACGUAUCUUUAAUAUUGAUAUUGAUUUAAUAUUGAGUAAUUUCUUUAAUAAUUCUUUAAUAUAACAAAAUUUACGUAAAACAAGUCUCUACUUUAGAAAGCCAAAAUAACUUUGCAAUCUCAAAAAUAAUGACUUUAAAAUGAACAUUCUUUUAUCGUCAUAUUUCCUUAAAUCGUGUAAAUUUCAUAUCUAAUAAGGAUUUACAUAUUUAAGAGUAUCGAAAAUAUUUAAGCUUUUCAGUGACUCAUCAUGUGCUCGAUCGAUGCCUCCUUUUUUAUUUUGGUUAAUAUUUUAAAUAAACAAUUAUAAUAUAAGUUAUAUAAUUUAUGACACAAUUACAAUAUAAGUUAUAUAAUUUAUGACACAAUUAUAAUAUAAGUUAUAUAAUUUAUGACAGUAUUAAUAAAGGUAUUGAAGAGUGUAUGUCAUAUCGUACUUUUAAUAUGAGAGAUAAACGCAAUGAUGAAGAAAUGUCUAAUAAUUAAAAGACAAUUUACUUUAGUUACUCUUACAAUUUCGGAAGAUCCUUUGCAAAAACUAUAUUUGCAUAAAUAAAAUUAACAUUUAACUGACUAGCAUCCGAAAAAUUUGUCCCAUUUUUGCGCUUUUCAUUUUAAUGGUACGAUAUGCUUCAAAUGAAAAAUUAA